AUGGACAAGGAAGACCUCAAGGCCGCUAGGGAGAGGGUGAGGAGCAACCUCGGUAAUUCUUUUAUGCCGAGGUCUCUGAGCGUCGCCUUUGUACAUUCAGAUGCUCCUGAGAUUGAAGUGGAGAAAGGCUGGGUCCACGCCGGACCUGGUAUCGAAGCACAUUUGGUCUGCUUAGUUCAUGCACAUCCACCCGCGGACGUGAAAUGGUUCCGCUCGACGUUACGGCUAGAGCCGACUGAAAGGCAGAGAUUGGAAGACCGAGGGAGUCGUCAUUCUCUUAUCUUCAACUCGGUGCAGGAAGAAGAUUUUGCAAAUUACACUUGCCAAGCGGACAAUGCCCAAGGGAAAACACGGCAACAUGUUAUACUGUCAGGCAAACCCCACACUGCAUAUUUUCGAAGCCCUGCUGUCGGAAAAUCGAGAGACAGCUACAAUAUUUCAUGGACAGUCACCAGUUAUUCACCUAUUGACGAAUAUCGCCUUUACUUCAGAAAAGCGCCUCAGGGUUCAACAAACGCUAUAGAUUCAGAUCCAACGACACAGAAAAAAUCCUCAAGAAGGACUGGUCAUUCCGUCUUGAAAGAGUGGACAGACGUUGUGCUUCAAGGCGACAAAACAGAUCGCAAUUUGACACACGACAAAUAUUAUUUGAUACGGUCGCUCGAGCCGUCCACGCAGUACGAAGCAAAAGUGCAAGCAAGGAAUAUAUUCGGAUGGAACCAGAUGUCAGACCCCUUCAGAUUUACUACAAGAGACAUAGAUGGAAUUUCGAGAGAACCCAGCCCGGAACCAGCCAUUUUACCAGAAGCCGAAAUGCGAGAUUUGGGAGUGAAAGCCAAAGAUUGUGGAAACCGCAAAGGAUUUGACUGGCUGCUCAUCGUACUCAUUGCAGUUGUCGCCUAGUUAAGUCGAUAUAUGACUGAAUGAGUGUUACUUUAAAAUGGCUGUAAAAACUGUCGAUACCCCAGCACCUGGUGUUAUCUAGAAAAUCUGAAUGUGUCUGCUCGGUGAUCUUUGGAGAUGCCGAGAUUAAAUGUAACGUUGUGUGUUGUUUUUUGUACCUUCAAAUAUUUUUCAUGUUCAAAAUUAAAAACCAGAAACAGUAAUCUAACAAGUGGUCCGAGGUUGAGGAGUUAACAAAUAGUGGUCCGAAAGGGCAAUGUGGCAUAGCUAUUGACUUUUUUUAUAAAAUUGUAAAUACCAAAAUAUAUUGAGCUUAAGAAAAAUAUUUUACCUAUGAAAAAUAAUGUUAGAAUAUGUGUUUCGGAGACUUUCAGAAUCCUAUUGUUUAGAAACAGAUAAAUAUAUUUUUUUGUUAUCCGUCAUUUAAUG